CAUGAUGCCCAACCUUACCUCCACAUCUGAAUUUCUGCUCCUGGAAUUUUCAGACAUACGAGAACUACAGAUCUUACAUUUCUUUGUAUUCUUAGCAGUAUACUUGACUGCAGGGAUUGGGAAUCUUCUCAUCAUCAUUGCUGUAGCCCUGGAUCAUCACCUGCACACUCCAAUGUACUUCUUUCUUGUGAACCUGGCACUUCUGGAUAUCGGCUUGGUUUCCAUCAUUGUACCCAAAGCUAUGGUCAAUUCCCUCCUGAACACCAGGUCCAUUACUUAUCCUGCCUGUGUAGCUCAGGUUUUCUUCUUCUUCUUCCUUGAUGGGUCAGAUUUUGCCAUCUUAACUAUAAUGGCACAUGAUCGGUAUGUCGCUAUCUGCAAUCCACUGCAAUAUGAGACAAUUAUUCACAAAGGGGCCUGCAUUCAGAUGGCAGUCAGUGCAUGGAUUGCUGGUAUACUCAAUGGUAUAUUACACACUGGAGGAACUUUUGCCAAUACUUUCUGCUCCAAUACGAUCAAUCAGUUCUUCUGUGAAGCUCCACAGAUUCUAAAACUCUCCUGUUCUGACAUGUAUCUAGUAGAAGUUGGUUUUGUUAUGUUUAGCUGUUCCCUUGGACUAGGAUGCUUCAUCUUCAUCAUUGUCUCCUACAUGAAGAUUUUUGCAGCAGUGCUCAAAAUCCCUUCUGUUCAUGGUCAGAAAAAGGCCCUCUCCAUUUGCCUUCCCCACAUCACUGUGGUGACUUUGUUUCUAUUUACUGGCUUCUUGGCCCAUAUGAGGCCGCGCAGUCAAAAUUCAUCUGACCAGAAUGUUCUUUUUGCAAUUUUUUAUGUUAUCAGCCCUUCCUUGCUCAAUCCAUACAUCUACAGCAUGCGAAACAAAGAAAUCAAAACUGCAUUGUUGAAGCUCUAUGAUUUGGGUCGUUUCCCGAAGAAAAUUGCAAGCAAAGCUUUUCUACAAAAAUGGGAUUGA